AUGAAAAAAAAAUUGAAACGUAUUCAAAUUAUUCAUCGAACAAAAGAUGGAAAAUGUAAUAAAUUCUGGCAAAAUAUUGAUUUUAAUCGAAUGAUUACACUUAAACAUAUUUGGAUUGAUGUAAAUCAACAAUCAAUUUUAUCAUCAGAUGAUAAUCAGAAAUUUUAUUGUUAUAAAACAAAAACAUUAUUACCAGAAUGGUAUCAUAUUGAUUUGUUAAAUGAUAAUGAUCAAAUAUUAAUUGAGGAAUUUAAUGAAAAGUAA